UUGAAGCCGCGAUGGGAGUUAACACAUCCAAGUUUCUAGAGUUCCUGUUACCAGCGUCGUUGCACUAAACAAAGACUUUGGGUUUCUUGUUUUUCUUCUCUCUCUCUCUCUCUCUCUCUCUCUUUCUCUCUCUCUCUCUCUCUGUCCCUCUCUCUAUCUGAGGGGGCUUGUCUGCAUUUUUUUUUUGUCCGAGGCGUUUCUCUCACAGGAUGUUGAUGAUAUUGGAAAGCCGGGUAAGAUCCUAAAGUCACUUCUCUCUGAUGAGAACGACCUCCUCCUCCUCCUCCUCUUCCUCACCACCACCACCACCACACAAAGGGAACCACGGAACAAGUACUUUUUUUUCCCCACACGCCAUCAUUUUAUUUUAUUUUUAUUUUUGAAUGUCAUUAAGAAGCAGAGGGGGCUGUUUCAAAGACAAAAUGGAUCACUUUGCAGCAGAGUGCCUUGUUUCAAUGUCCAGUCGUGCAAUUGUUCACGCUCCUAAAGGGAAUAGGGAGAUUAAACCAGAAAUCCCGUCCUCCUCCAAGAACGGAGAGGAAAUCAAAGAGCCUUUGGUGAAAGACAACUCCUCUCUUUUUGUGGUGGCGCGGAUUCUGGCGGAUUUUAACCAGCAGACUCCCAACAAUGUUGCCGAGCAGGCAAAAAUAAAGGAUGAGAGCAUGCCGAACCUCACAGAUGAUGGAAACUCUGCCACACCUACCACCAUCUCCGAUCCUUCGCUCAAACAAAGAGGCAAAAGAUCGAGAGGUCGAACUGAGCAAGAAUCACCUCAGAAAAAGCACAAAUGCCACUAUUCAGGUUGUGAAAAAGUUUAUGGCAAAUCAUCCCACCUCAAAGCGCAUCUAAGGACACAUACAGGAGAACGGCCUUUCCCAUGUACCUGGCCAGACUGCAGUAAGAAGUUCGCUCGCUCCGAUGAGCUGGCCCGCCAUUACCGCACCCACACGGGGGAGAAGAAGUUCGGGUGCCCGCUUUGUGACAAGCGCUUCAUGCGCAGCGACCACCUGAUGAAGCACGCCCGGCGCCACUCAGAUUUCCAGCCCGGCAUGCUGAAGAGGCCUCACGGCAGCAGCGGCAGCAGCGGCAACACAACACGUCCCAGCUCCCUCAGCGACUACAGCCGCUCAGAUGCCUCCAGCCCCACCCUCAGCCCCACCCUCAGCCCAGCCAACUCGCCUUAAACUGAAACCCAGUCGCACUUUCCGCCUCCGACCUGUGAGGCCUGUGUUUUUGUCAUAACACUUGUGUUGCACAGUUGUCAGCAACCCCCCUUUGCUAUUCCUGCGCUUGCUGUGGUGUACCAUACUGUACAUAACUGCUUAUUGUAGUGCAAUUACUUGUGUGAUCCUAAAAGAAGGUAAUGCCUUUCCCAGAUGGCAAUAUUUACAUUCUGUACCAUAUGUCUGUAUUUUUUUAGCUUCUGAUGAUGGCUAGUUGUCCAAUGUACGUUCGCAGUCAGCUAAACAAGGUUUGGAAGAAAAAGAAAAGACACCCUGACAAGUCUUAUCAAAAAAAUUCUUUUUUUUUUUUGUUUGUUUGUUUUUCUUUAUUUUUCUGAACAGGUGAGGAGAAGGGGUACACACACACCUCAGGAUUGAAGACAGUUGCUAUUUCUGUAAUACCACAGUACUUAACAGUACUCACAUUGACUGCACAAUAUACUCAUCACUUUACUCUGAAAUUCAACAGGGGUUGAAUUUUACGCCCUGCUCAGGGAUGGCCUUGUUAGCUUGAAAGAAUGAACACGGUGAAGAGAAACAUACAGUACAUAUAUAGCAGCCUUACACUCAACACAAUUUGCACUCUUUGUUUUUUGUUGGUUUUCACACUCGAGGAAACUAGCCCUACGGUCACACGGUCAAUCGUACACAAAACUCCGGUUCUGUUCUCCCUUGUGUUCUGGGGAUUCAUAUGUAAUGUAAAUGCUGUGUGUUAUGAAAUCGGUCCCCAAACCCUCGCCUCAGUAAACAAAAUACAUCUGUUCCUCCACUGCAAUGUUAAUAUUCAGUUGCCAUUACACUGGGUUAAAUAUGUACUUCAUUAAACAGCAGUGUGCAGUAUAUACUGUGUAAAUCUGCACUGUGGGAGGAUCGGGAUUAUAUUGGGUGAACAGUUUUUAUAAAUAUACUCAGUUGAAGAAACUUUAGAACCUUUAAAUAGAGACAGUUAAGUUUCAAAGCAGCUGUUCAUGCUUCUUUUUUAAAAAUAAAAAGUGCUGUAUCAUCAGCCAGUAUUUCACACAAAGUGGACACAAAGGGACUUUAGUUGAAACAAUGUUUAUCCAUCUCGCAAGCACAUAGGAAAAAGUACCAAAGACAAGAGUGAAAGAAAGCUUUCUACUCAGUCUUGUAAGCCGCCCUUCAUUGAGGCCUGGGGCUGGUGGUUGGCAGUAUCACAGGUAGAGCCAGACAGCCCGCUCACUUCCCUCCUCCUGCCUCUGCCUUUUGUGGCCUCCCUGGAGGAAACAGCUGCAUCCCACAAGAAGCUAUUCACAGCCCGCAGGAGGAGGAGUGCGAACAUGCCAUUCCCGGGGAGUCCUCCCUCGCUCCUCUGGCUCUACCUGUCCCGUCAGAGAGCGGUGAUGCUCCGAAACCUGCCAAAUUGCAUAAGGUCACCUAAUUUUGGGAGUCAAACGUAGGCCAGAGUGUGGGGCAGAGCGUUGGGCUGGGCUGCAACAUGGUGGAGCACAGAGUGAACAAAGCAGCUAUCUGCAAAAGACAGGCAAGAGGGGGCAGGUCCUGAUAAAAGAGGAGAGGUUUAUCAUGAGCUGAGCAGCACAGAGGAGGAGACACCCAGCCGCAGACACCCCCCCCCUCCCCCUCGUCUCCUCCUCCUCCUUCUCCUCCUUCCCCCAACUCCCUUCCUCCCUCCAACUGUAGGAACUGUGAGUGGAAAAAUGGCUGUAAUUAGUGGUUUGAUCCAACCUGUAGGAUAAGAGUAGAAAGAGAAGUGUAUGAACAACAGUACUACCUAGACAAUGCUGGCAGUGUGGGUGGGAUGUACCCAACUCCAUCCUAAGCACAGGGAGAAAUCCACUACUCCAUGCCGGAGAGUCAGAUUUCACAAUGCCAAGGAAAACGUCGCUCCAAAUUCUCACCAAAUGAACCCAAGCGCUCAAAACAGCUGCUUUCAAACUUCUCUCUCACAACAAGGGGGGCUUUUAAACUGUUGUAAAAACAUCUGAACCAAAAUGAACAUAUCAGCAAAGUGCAGUGCUCACCAGCCUCACGUUGUCCUGCCUGUGAAGCUCAGAUGUCCCGUGAGAAAGCUGACUUGUGUUUUCUAGACAGACAUGCCUCAAUAAGUCAGGCAAAAGGCACAGUAAACCUUCCAUGGAAACGGGCACCACUAUCAAAACUGCUGCAGCCCCGCCAGUCUGUGUUAUGCCUACAUUUUCUUUUAAUGCUCCAGCGCUAUGGUUGGAAAUAGUUUCAACCAUGUAGUGUGGUUCUGUCAGACCCCUCCAGACCGUUGUCAUCAUGAAUUGCAUGUGCUAGCUUCAUCUUACCAACAAGUUGUCGGACUCUCUCACCCUGCAGUCUCGCGCUUCACACUAUGUGCAUGUUAACAACUUGGGCCCGAGAGUGUAGAGGGGUUUUCGAGGCGGUCUGGCAGGUGUAAAUUCAUGAAUG